AGAUCUAAUGAGUGGGGCUGACAAGAUUGAGGUCAAUGGUAAUGGAGUGCAUCAUGAUGAGAAAGUUGUUAUUCUGGAUGCUGGAGCUCAAUAUGGCAAGGUGAUUGAUCGCCGUGUGAGAGAGCUGAAUGUUGAAACAGACAUAUUACCCUUAGACACACCAGCAUUCUUUUUGAAGGAGAAAAAAUUCAAGGCUAUCAUCAUAUCAGGUGGUCCUGACUCAGUAAACGAUGUGAAUGCUCCUAGAUAUGAUCCAGAUAUCUUCAGUAUUGAUAUACCUGUCUUAGGUAUCUGUUAUGGCUUACAGUUGUUAAAUGUCACAUUUGAUGGGACAGUAGAAAAGAAGGAUAUAAGAGAAGAUGGUCAGUUUCACAUAGAUAUAGACACAACUUCCCCUAUCUUCAGUGGUUUAGAGAAAUCUCAAGAAGUAUUGUUAACUCAUGGAGACAGUAUUGGCAAGCUGGCACCUAACUUUAAAGCAAUCGCUCACUCAGGCAACAUUAUAGCAGGCAUAUCAAAUGAUGCAAAGAAAUUGUAUGGUGUACAGUUUCACCCAGAAGUAGAUUUAUCAGUAAAUGGUUUACAGAUUCUGAAAAACUUCCUCACUUUGGCAGGUUGCCAUUUUACGUUCACAAUGGCUUCUAGAGAAACCGAGUGUAUAGAAUAUAUUAAACAGACUGCAGGAGAUCAUAAAAUACUGAUGUUGUUAAGUGGUGGUGUAGACUCUACAGUAUGUGCGGCUCUGUUACAUAAAGCUUUACCAGACGAUCAGGUGAUAGCUGUACAUAUAGACAAUGGUUUCAUGAGAAAACACGAGAGUGAACAUGUCGAGACUUCUCUUAAUAAGAUUGGUCUUCAUGUUAAAGUAAUCAAAGCAGCUCAUCAGUUCUACAGUGGUAAGACGUUUAUCUCAGGGAGUAGUGAUGGUAAGAAGAGAAAAACAAACACAUUAAAUACUACAGUAGAUCCUGAAGAGAAGAGGAAGAUUAUAGGCGAUACUUUUAUGAAGGUUGCAAAUGAAGUUAUAGAAGAGUUGAAUUUGAGACCGGAGGAGGUUUAUUUAGGUCAGGGUACGUUACGACCAGAUUUGAUCGAGAGUGCAUCGGAACUUGCUAGUGGUAAAGCAGACGCAAUAAAAACACAUCAUAAUGACACAGAUCUUGUGAGAGAAUUAAGAAAACAGGGUAGAGUAGUUGAACCAUUGAAAGAUUUUCACAAAGAUGAAGUACGGGCAAUAGGACGAGAUUUGGGUUUACCGAGUGAAAUGGUCAGUAGGCACCCUUUUCCAGGUCCAGGUCUAGCUAUACGUGUAAUUUGUGCUGAAGAACCUUAUAUUUGUAAAGACUUUCCAGAGACUGCUGUUAUCUUAAAAUUCAUCGUAGAUUUUGCACAGGCAUCCAAAACUCCGCAUAAUUUACUCAGUAAAAUAUUAAAGUGUACAUCAAAAGAGGAGCAAGAAUUCUUGGAACAGUUUAGUAAAGAGAAUACUUUCAUAGCAACUUUACUGCCAAUAAAAACAGUAGGAGUACAGGGUGACUGUAGAACUUAUAGCUAUGUGGCUGGUCUUUCAUCUAAAACCAAACCUGCUGAUGUAGAUUGGAACAAAAUAAUGACAUUGGCGAAACUUAUACCUAGAAUUUGUCAUAAUAUUAACAGAGUUGUGUAUAUAUUUGGAGAUCCUAUAAAGUUUCCGGUGGAAGAUAUCACUCCCACGUAUCUCACAGAGGGUGUUUUAAGUACGUUAAGACAAACAGACUAUGUCGCAACUAAAGUAUUACAUGACUCUAAAUGUACACAUAAACUUAGUCAAAUGCCUAUUGUUAUUGUGCCAUUACACUUUGAUCGAGAUCUAUCACAACAUCAGCCGUCGUGUCAAAGGUCAGUCGUGAUUAGAACAUUCCUCACCCACGACUUUAUGACGGGUAUUGCUGCUCAACCGGACAAACACUUGCCUGUUCAAGUGAUUGAAGAUAUGGUAAAGGCCAUAGAAACUGUUCCAGGAAUAUCUCGUGUGAUGUACGAUCUCUCCUCCAAACCGCCAGGCACAACCGAGUGGGAAUGACCUUCACU